AUUAAUAAAAUAAACAAAGUUUACGAAACUAUUAUAAGCGUUUAUAAAUAUUGCUUACGAUAAUAGGGCAAAGAUAUACCGUAAAUAAAAGAAAAGCCUAUUUAAUUAUGAUUAACCAGAAACAGUUAAAAAUAACGAAGCUUUUUCGUAAAGGCGCUACAAAAGUGCCCGAAGAUUGUGAAGAAAUUCAGCAAAGAAUACAAGAAUUAGAGGAGAAAUUACGUUCUAAACAAGAAGAAUUGUUUCAAAUACAGCGUCAUGCAUUUAAACGCAAAGCAUCUCCACCCAAACCAAAGAAAGAUGCGUUCGUGAAACCUCACAAAAUAGGUAUAAACACAGCGGUGGAGACUAUGAAGCGAAAUAUAGAACUAAUGUCACUACUUACUGGUGUGGAGAUCCAGUCCUAUGUGAUGCAUGAACACUGCUGCAUUGUGUACCACAUGCAACACCCCUCCGAGCAUCAGAUCAAACACGGACUGAGAAUUGAAAUGAAAUCAGGUGGCAAGGAAGUAACAAAUAGUUCUCUACCAAUAGGAUUCAAUUUAGACGCAAUAAUAAAAGAAUAUAAUAAUGUGAUGAUGCCAGAUUGUCUGAAUGCAAUAAAGAAAGCCUUACUCGCAUAUUAUGAUAGAUUGGAGCAGUAUGAAGCAUUGAAGAAUCUACUCAAAGUGGACGGCAAACUAUUCAAGACGCUAGACAGUUCACACAUGGAGAUAGCGUUCUUUGCUCAGAGUGACGCUGAGGAGCAAGAUGAACAGCUUCCCGUCACUCUAAUAUUGGACUAUAGAGUGUGCGAUAUUAGACCAAAGAGUAUAUCCUUCAAAGAAGUUGAUCUACCUGAAGAUGUAUCGGAAACCCUUAGAGAGCAGUGUAUAACUCUUUACAAGAAACCGCUUCAUAGAGCAUUUAAAGAUAUAUUUGUAAAUGGCGUUGGAACUUAUAGAUUGGUACAACAGCUCGGCCCGCGCAGAGAAACGGUACAAGUGAGAAACAAAAGAUUCCGACCAAAUAAACGUAAUUAUAACAACGAUGAUACUUUCCUACCGGAGGACUGCUCGGAUCAAGGCGAAGAAGAGUGUGUAGAAUGACAUAAAAUAAUGUAUAUUUUAAUAACAAUAAAGUAUUUUUUUGAGAA